AUGUCCUGUCUGCGUCCGUCCGUCCUCACUGUUGAGUUCCUUGCAAGGCGGUUUCUGCACGUCUUCGCAUAUACCUGGUACCUAGUUCGCUCUACCCGAUUACCUGUUCCGAUACCUGGUACCCUACCCGUUUCGCAUACCUGCCGUUCUGUCUUCAGCGCAUCACUUCCUUCUUCACUGUUCCCCUCGCUCAUACUUGAGGAACUGCUCUCAGAGCUAUCCCCUUGGGUCGACUACUAUUCUCGCACCCAGCAGGAUCGUGGUCCAGGGUACCUUUUCCGUGACACGCAGCCCCGGAAGCCAACACUGUUUUUUCCCGCACACGGAGACGCAAAUGGUCCCUACUACAGGCAACGAAUCCGAACAUUAGAGAAGGAGAACUUGGAAUUACGAACAGAAUGCAACACCAUACAGAAUGCAUUUAAUACUCUCGCCAAUUGUGUGGGCUUGCGAAAUGCCGACGCAAAAUUUUUUACCCCGCCCGCCGGGCCCGAUGCAAUGACUGGAAUGACCCAUACCCAAUCUCUACCUGAGCGGCCUCCUCCUCUGGACCGUAAUGACUAUGACACCAAGUUCUGGGACUUUGAUGAAUGGAAAAAAUGGUCCAACAGCGCCGAGGGACGCGGAUCAAUCAAAACUCGUGGCUCUGCCCCUUUCCUGGAAGACGGUCAUGGAGAUGCUCUCACAUCAGCUAGUGUUGAUGCGAUCCGUCGCACGAUGCGUCGCCUAUUCGAGAUGAUGGCCUCAAAGGACAUCGCACCACCAUCGUGGGGACGCCUAUCCGAACAUGCAUACCUUCUCUUUCACAUCGGUGUUGGUACGACUCACCCUGAGCUGAGGCUGUGCUCGAACGAUUGGAAGGCAAACAUCAGGAAAACCCUCCCACACAAAGCUAGACAAAGAUAUGCAAAAUUAUGCAAACUUGAAUAA